AUGGCGUUACAAAGUCAACUCCUAAAGAGAGUCGUAGAUUCCGGGAUCCGUCGUCAUCGCCCUGCGAUCUCCUUCCUCCGCUCUGAUUUCUCCACUUCUCCUUCAGUUGCCGAUUCUCCGCCGCAGAUUCCGCCGUUCGAUUACCAGCCGCGGCCGUAUACUGGUCCUUCCGCCGAUGAAGUUUUCCAGAAACGGAAGAAGUUUCUCGGACCGUCUCUUUUCCACUUCUACCAAAAGCCUCUUAACAUCGUUGAAGGGAAGAUGCAGUACUUGUUUGAUGAGAGUGGUAAGCGAUAUCUGGAUGCGUUUGCUGGUAUAGUCACUGUCUCAUGCGGUCAUUGCCAUCCCGAUAUUCUGAAUGCUAUUAAUGAACAGAGCAAGCUUCUUCAGCAUGCGACAACCAUAUACCUCCAUCACGCCAUUGGCGAUUUCGCUGAAGCAUUAGCUGCUAAGAUGCCUGGAAAUUUAAAGGUUGUGUACUUUGUAAAUUCUGGCUCGGAAGCUAAUGAGCUAGCGAUGAUGAUGGCUAGGCUUUACACGGGUAGCCUUGAGAUGAUUUCGCUGAGAAAUGCUUAUCAUGGUGGAAGUUCUAAUACUAUUGGACUAACAGCUCUUAACACAUGGAAGUACCCAUUACCACAGGGGGAAAUCCACCACGUUGUAAAUCCAGAUCCAUACCGUGGAGUAUUUGGCUCUGAUGGUUCUCUUUAUGCUAAAGAUGUGCAAGACCACAUCGACUAUGGUACUUCUGGAAAAGUGGCUGGAUUUAUCGCUGAGACCAUCCAGGGGGUCGGAGGAGCUGUAGAAUUGGCUCCUGGUUACUUAAAGUCGGUGUAUGGCAUUGUACGCAACGCUGGUGGUGUAUGCAUCGCUGAUGAAGUCCAAACUGGAUUUGGCCGAACAGGAAGUCACUAUUGGGGUUUCCAGACUCAAGAUGUAGUUCCUGACAUAGUCACAAUGGCAAAGGGGAUUGGAAAUGGAUUGCCAUUAGGAGCUGUAGUGACUACACCAGAAAUCGCGAGUGUUUUAGCUACGAAGAUUCUGUUCAACACUUUUGGUGGAAACCCUGUGUGUUCAGCUGGUGGACUUGCUGUUCUAAAGGUUAUUGACAAUGAGAAACGCCAAGCACAUUGUGCUGAAGUUGGUUCACACCUAAUUCAACGUUUGAAAGAUCUGCAGAAAAGACAUGAUAUCAUUGGAGAUGUUAGAGGAAGAGGAUUAAUGGUUGGGAUCGAGCUUGUAACUGAUCGGAAAGACAAGACACCGGCCAAGGCUGAAACAGCUGUCUUGUUUGAGCAUCUUAGAGAACUUGGCAUUCUCGUUGGAAAAGGAGGACUUCAUGGGAAUGUUUUCAGGAUAAAGCCACCAAUGUGUUUCUCCAAAGACGAUGCAGAUUUCUUGGUAGAUGCAUUGGACUAUUCCAUCUCCAGGUUGUGA